AACAACGUGUUGGAGAUGUUUCAAGCAUCCUUAAGGAGAAAGCCAAACUCACCUUGCAUUGGUUACUUUGAAGAUUCACUAUCCUAUGAACAAGUAGACCAAGAAUCUUCUGCCUUGGCCUCAGCUUUUGUUGAGUUGGGACUGAAGCCUGGAGGCAGAGUUGGAAUAUACUUGCAGAACGUUCCUCAAUGGAUGAUAACUCAGUUAGCUUCUUGGAAAGCAGGAGGUAUAGCAGUUUGUUUGAACCCGAUGCUUAAAGAACGCGAACUUACUUAUCAUAUCAAAGACAGCGGUCUUACUAUUCUUGUUUGUCUUGAAAGUCUUUAUGAGGAGGUUGUUUCAAAGAUCCGAAACCAAGUUCCUGUUCCUGUUGUAAUCACCACAAAUGAGUUAUUAUAUCUUUCGAAAAGGAUACCUGAUAUGCUUAAAGGAGUUGUUUCACGACGGUUUACUUCUUGUCACGACUAUUCUCAAUUGAUAAGAGUUCAUUCAGGUCAAAGUUUAUCUAUUCCUUCACUGAAUCUGGAUGAUACUGCUAUGCUUACCUAUACAUCUGGCACCACAGGAGUUCCAAAAGGAGCAUGCAAUACUCACAGAAAUAUUGUCUUUAACAGUAAUCUUGUUCGUCAUUGGUUUCAUCUUAGUGAUGAAGAUAUUAUCAUGGCUCCAGCACCCUUAUUUCAUAUAACUGGUAGUAUAACUGGAGCUGGAGCAGGUUAUGCCUCUGGUUGUCCUGUCAUACUUUUUUGUCGUUUCGAUCCAUCAGAAUUCCUUCGUUUAAUAGAUCAUUGGAAGGUUACAUAUUUGGUUGGUGCAGUGACUGUCUUUAUUGCAAGUAUGAAUCAUCCAGAUAUGAAAAAAUAUAAUGUCAGUUCUGUAGUCAAGUUGAAUAGUGGUGGAGCUCCUGUUUCUGCAGCCACCCAAAACCAAGUAGAGCUGGCAUUCGGUAACAGACUAUAUAUUGGCUACGGACUUACCGAAUCCACAGCACCGUGCGUCCUGACUCCAUUCGGAAAAAGAGGACCUGUUGACAAGAAAUUUGGCUCGCUAUCAAUUGGUGUUCCAGCAUGUAAUGUUGAGUGUAGAAUUAUUUCAACAGAGAAUGGAGAGGAUGUGGAUUUUGGAGUAGCCGGUGAACUUCUAGUUAAAGGCCCAAUGGUCGUUCCAGGUUAUUGGAGAAAGCCGGAAGAAACAGCAAAGACAAUUGAAAACGGUUGGCUACACACCGGAGAUGUUGCUAUCAUGGAUCAGGAUGGUUAUGUCUACAUAGUGGAUCGGAUAAAAGACAUGAUUAUAGCUUCGGGAUAUAAAGUGUAUCCUCGAGAAGUAGAAGAUGUAUUAUACAGUCACCCUUCUGUACGUGAGGCUGCGGUUGUUGGUGUGCCCGACAAAUAUAGAGGAGAGACAGUAAAAGCUUACGUGGCUUUAAAGCAAGGUUCGGAAGUUACUCCGUCUGAAUUGAUAGAUUUCUGUAAAAAGAAGCUUGCGGCGUACAAAUAUCCAAGACAAAUCGAAAUUAUCGAUGAAAUACCGAAAAAUGCAAGUGGAAAAUUUUUACGUCGAGAACUUCGUGUCAUCGAACAUAAGAAACACUCGCUGGAAAAUGGACAGCUGUCCAGAACAGAAAUACCGAAUAGACUUUAAAAUUUUUCGUUGUAUUUUCAAAAAAUCAAGUAAUGAAUACGUAUGGACUAAUUCAGUGAGCUCAAUAGCGUUUCUCAAAAUUAUUCAGUCAUUUCGAAUUCUGUCUUUUUGCGGUAUAGUCGUUUAUAUUUCGAUAAAGUCUACAAAUAAAUCUGCUCGUUGUUUAUAAGAUGGUCAUAAUACGUCAAUAUUUUCUUCUAAAAAUGGUUGAAAAUUGAGCCAUUGUGUCUUUUUCCUCACAGAAUUAAAGCUUUUUCAAUGAAA